AUGCUACACUUAAAUAUUCGGGAGCGGAAGAUUGUAAAUUCUGCUUUCCACCGGUGUAACGUCAUCCCUGUGAAAACGGAUAAUCCGGCUCCUCUUUUAAUCCGGAUAAACCACACGACAAGGUUUCUGAGCUGCGGGAGGACUGGCUUUGACGGCGAAGCUCGGGUGAUUUCGUUGAUUCUAUGCUGCUCUCGCUUCUUUUACUUGUAUUUAAUGAUACUCAUGGAUUCCUCAACAAAUGCAAGCGUCGACUGUGGUGUCAGGCGUAAACAUAGGUCCAUAUCUCUGCAAGAUAAGGUAGAUUUGUUGAGAAAACUCGACUGUGGUGUUCCGGUACGGGUAGUUUGCAAGACCUACGGUAUAGGUUCGUCGACUCUGUACGAUAUAAAGAAGAAGAGGGAGGAAAUCCUGCAGUUCAUAAAAUACUGCGAUUCCGAGAGGCAAAUCAACGCCAGGAAAACCAUGAAAGCAGGUAAAAGCACAGAACUCGACCGAGUCUUAGUCGACUGGUAUCGCAAGUGCCGAAGUGAAGGGGUAAAGUUGACCUGCAACACGAUCAUGGAACAGGCUAAGAUAUUCCACAAAGAUCUCAAACUGGAAGGUGAACGUAGAUACGGCGAAGGCUGGUUACAGAGGUUUAAGAAACGCCAUGGGAUUUCGACAUCUAGAGUGUGUGGAGAUGAAAAGGCCUCGACCCUCACCACAGGAGCUGCCGAGGACCUGGUUCCUGGAGACUUCGACGCCGACGAGACCGAGGCCAACGUGGAGGAUGAAAUUCUGAAUAUGGUGCUGAAGGACAUGGGUAAAGGUAAAAGGGACGACAGUGACUGUGAAGACAUUACUGAAAUAAUCUCGGUUGAAAGGUUGAUCAAGUUGACUGAUGAACUCAUCGAUGGAUUAGACCAUUGUGACUUUAUGCCCAAGCAAGAAGUGAUUAUAUUUCAUCUUCUGCGCGACAGACUUCACAGGGAAAGGACAAAACGCCUAAAGCAACUUGGCCUUAAUGAAACAUCAAAGAAGCAACCACAUCCCACAAAAGAUUCUGAGAACAGAAUGAGCAGGAAGAGAAAGGCAGAUGAGGAUGAAUCUUCAAUUGCAAGACCCAGCAAGCAACAGUGUGUGGAGGAAAGAAUGAAAUCAUUGCAAAAGACAACACAGGCCACUUCGCCUUCUGCUCCUGUCCGCCACUUUCCCCACGAUGACCACAAGGCAGUCACAGUAGCCAGCCCAAGACCCAGUUAUGAUAAAAUGCCAAAUAGAAAUUCACAUCACAUCCAGCACAGUGACCACCAUACUCUAAUCCUAAAGCGUCUUCUAGAAGAUGCAACCUUUGCUGAUGUGACACUAACAGCUGAAGGAGAGUCAUUAAAGGCACACAAGGCAGUGUUGUCAGCCAUGAGUCCUUACUUCAAUAAAGUGUUGCAAAAGAACCCUAGUCCUCACCCCAUCAUCAUUAUGCCUCUUGACAUGUCAUUUGAGGAUCUCCGAGGAAUUAUGAAUUAUAUUUACAUGGGUGAGAUCAUAGUACCCACUGAAAAUUCAUCCUCACUCUUGAAGGCUGCUGAGGUUCUUCAGAUUCCUGGCUUAAUCACCUUAGAUGUAAAAGAAGAACCUUUGUCAUUUAGUGAUGCACAGUCAGCACUUCCAGACAGUGGUGAUUCAGCCGUAUCAACUAACAGCAACCGAUCUAGUGGAAUUAAUUUGGAUACAAGCGGCAGUGAUGUUAAUAAAUUGCAGUCUUCUUAUGAAACUAGAAUGAAUACAGUAUCAUCAUCAUCGGAUAUUGAAAUCCUGCCACAAGCUAAAUGGCAGAAACACACACACAAUGAGUCAGUCUAUUCGAUGCCUGCUGUGGAGGCUGCUGAUCCAUUAGAUACCGAUAACCAGGAGAUACCCGAAGAUGCUGCUUUGUCUGGAGAAGCUAAUGACAAAUGCUCACUAAUGGCAGACGUUUUGGUGCUUUUACCCGAUCAAGAAGGUCUUUCGAGGAACACGGAUUAUGAAUACGGUGCCAAAAAAGAGGCUUGGGAUGACUGUGAGGUUCGUUAUCUUGAAAGUGAUUGCACUUUCAACCACGCGCGAAUGAUAUCUGAGGAACAGUGGUCCAAGAGGGAUCAAUUCUCUGUGAUUCCCCCUAGAGCCCCGUACUCUAGCAAUGCCCUUCUCUUCAACAAUGUCUCCCAAAAACAAGUAGGCAAAGUUUCCUUCCACAGCCAUUCGUCGUUCACAGUUACAUCGGAGUCCCAGGCUCACUCCUCCCUUAAUACUUAUACCGGAACUGUUUCCGUUUCUCCAACUGUUUGCGUUUUAAGCCCAGGUCACACUAGUAACUUGUAG